AUGGAAGACAUUCCGACAACCAACGAGACCAAGGGUCAACCCGAAUCCAUGACCAACAAAAUCCUCGAGACCGGUGCUGCCGCGACACAGAACUUUGCUCCACCCAAGAGAGUCUGCGCUCAUCUCAAUGCCUUUCAUGCAUAUGCCAAUGAUCCUACUCGUUGCGUGCGACAAUGCCUUCUCUACGACUCGCCCGAGUCAAAUGCUCGUCUCAUCGGUAUCGAAUACAUGAUCAGUGCCCGCCUCUACGACACUCUAGACCAGGAUGAGCGCAAGUACUGGCACUCUCACGUCUUCGAAGUCAAAUCCGGCAUGCUCCUCAUGCCACGUCCUACCGGUGUCCCUGAAGCUGUGUGGGAAGUUGCAGAGAACAAGGAGAUGGAAGAUGUCGUCACUCUGUACGGAAAGAUCUUCCAUCUGUGGCAGACGGACAAAGGUCACAAGCUCCCUCUGGGCGAGCCUCAGCUCAUGACCAGCUAUACCGACUACGAUCAGUUCGACUUUGACCAGAAGGUUGGAGACAGAGACAGAAGAUUCGGCGAAGACCACCGUCACAAGCACGCAGAUGCUGCUUGGAAGGAUGGAAACAACAAGCAGUCUGAGAAGAAUGGCGCCAUGACCCAUCCUUCUGUUAUGCAGGACAGCCACAGUGCUGCUUAG